UUAAAGAAUCCAGCUUUCCAGUAUUAGCCACGUUCCAUCUUCUCCUCUUUUGAAACAUUUCACCAGCAGAGAGAGAGUGGAUCUUUCGCCGGAGUAUCUCCCGGAGAAAUCGGUUUAGGAGAUGGAGAGGAGGGCAGAGGACGAUGAAGAAACCGCCGCCGAACCUUCUGGUGAAGCCAUAAGAUCUCGGCUCAGUAACAGAGCAGACCCUUUCCUUGUUGUUUGCAGGUGUUUCAGCUUCGUUACAUCUCUCGUCGCUGUUCUCUGCGUUGUCGUUAAUGUUCUCGCUGCCAUUCGCUCCUUCCGGGACAGCCACGAUAUAUUCGAUGGAAUAUUCAGGUGCUAUGCUGUGUUGAUUGCUUGUUUUGUGGUUCUUGCCGAGACGGAAUGGGGAUUUAUCCUUAAAUUCUCCAAGGUUCUUGAGUACUGGGCUGGGAGAGGAAUGCUUCAGAUUUUUGUGGCUGUGAUGACAAGAGCUUUCCCUGACUAUAUGACUCAAAAGAAGGAUCUCUUGCUUCUACAGAACAUCGCAAGCUACAUGCUCCUCGCUUGUGGUCUUGUCUAUUUCAUAUCAGGGAUUCUAUGCAUUGGUUUUCUGAAACGUGCUCGACAGAAGAAGGAGAUCUCGAAAGAACAAGCUGUCAAAGAUCUUGAGGAGAUAGACAGACGCAGGGAAGAGCUGGAACAGUUGCUCGUGGAGCAUCGGAGUAGAGACGAUGUGUAAAUGUGAUCACAAGUACAGUAGCUUCAUUUUGAACAGACGAGAUCAGUUUGUUUAUGUAUUAAAGGAUUGUGUGAGCUCUCUGUUUUCAUCCUUUCCACUUUGGAUAGUAACAGCAGACUCUUUUUCUUUCUUUCUUUGUUUGAAUAAUUAAACGCUAGGCUUGUAAUAGUUGUCGUAUAAGAGACGAGCACUAUUGAUGAUACAUUCAUCUAUU